AAUGAACUGCGACACCUGCCGUCCAAGUUCAGGUCAGUUUGUGAAAACGGUCCAAUCCGGGUUGAACAGACAGUUAUAGUCGACGAAUAGAAACCCCAAGCUGUGUGGUGGACUGUGGGUACAUCCAAUGGCCUGGGUGUGUAGUAGUAGUGUGUCCGUGGUGCGGUGGUGAACACACUGGGACAGGACAGCGCUGCAUGGGGGACGCAGGAGACAGCGGCGGGCACCAGCGAUCGUACUGUGGACAAACCCCCCUGGUGCUCUAUGGCGCUCCGUUAUUGGGAAUUGAAUUAAUUACAUCAAUGAGCCGAGCAUGAACACAUCGUUUUCGAGUGUCUCCUCCUCUGAGCAUGGACUGACCACAUCUCUCUCUGGAUGAUUUGAUGGGGCUGCUCAGAGUCAUGAUGCCGCCCAAGUUGCAGCUUCUGGCGCUGCUGGCGUUUGCAGUGGCCAUGUUCUUCCUGGAGAACCAGAUCCAGAAGCUGGAGGAGUCCAGGGGAAAGCUUGAGCGAGCCAUCGCCAGACACGAGGUGCGAGAGAUCGAGCAGCGGCACACGCAGGACGGCCUUCGGGAGCGGGACUCCUCAACCUCUUUACUGUCCGACAAUGAAGACGACAUCGUCAUCAUCUACAACCGAGUGCCCAAGACAGCCAGCACCUCCUUCACCAACAUCGCAUACGACCUGUGUGGGAAGAACCACUACCACGUCCUGCACAUCAACACCACCAAGAACAACCCUGUCAUGUCCAUACAGGACCAGGUGCGCUUUGUGAAGAAUGUAACUGAGUGGAGGGAAAUGAAACCAGCUUUCUACCACGGACACGUCUCCUUCCUGGACUUCACCAAGUUUGGUGUGAAGAGGAAGCCCAUCUACAUUAACGUGAUCCGGGACCCCAUUGAGAGGCUGGUGUCCUAUUAUUAUUUUCUGCGUUUUGGGGACGACUACCGGCCCGGCUUGAGACGCAGGAAACAAGGAGACAAGAAGACGUUCGAUGAAUGUGUAUCAGCCGGCGGCUCAGACUGUGCCCCUGAGAAGCUCUGGCUCCAGAUUCCCUUUUUCUGUGGACACUACUCCGAAUGCUGGAACGUGGGCAGCCAGUGGGCUCUGGAGCAGGCCAAAUACAACCUGGUGAACGAGUACAUGCUGGUCGGGGUGACAGAGGAGCUGGAGGACUUUGUCAUGAUGCUUGAGGCGGCGCUGCCUCGCUUCUUCAGAGGAGCCACUGAUCUGUACAAAACAGGGAAGAAAUCCCACCUGAGGAAGACCAGCGAGAAGAAGCCAACCACCGUCCACUCGCCAAGUGCAGCA